GACUCGGGGUCGCCUUUGGAGCAGAGAGAAGGCAAUGGCCCCCAUGCAGAACAAGGUGAUCUGCGUCCUGGUCCUGGUGUCCAUGCUGGCCCUUGGCACCCUGGCCCAGACCCAGACAGAGGAAUGUGAAGUGGCCCCUGAAGAAAGAGAGAACUGUGGUUUUCCUGGCAUCACGGCCACCGAGUGUACAAGUAGGGACUGCUGUUUCAAUGACAGCGUUCGUGGGUUCCCCUGGUGCUUCCAUCCUAAAGCCAUUGAAGUUCCUCCAGAAGAGUCAUGGCCGCAGGUGGUGGUGCAAUGCGGUAGCCUGAGUCAGGCUGCAUUCAGCGGCUGGGGGUUCUCAGAGCGCAGCUGGUGUGUGGCCUGUCCCUUCUCCCCACGGUUCCCCAGUGCCCGAAAGGUGGGCUUUCCCCACGACACCUCGUAG